AUAAUGCUUAUUCUUGCUUUUUAGUUUAACGAUAUUUUAUUGUACACAAGUAGAGGCCUGACAGCAUCAAAUCAAUUUAAAGUCCACGGGCAUCUCCCGCUGUAUGGCAUGACAAUAGAAGAAAGUGAGGAGGAAUGGGGGGUUCCUCAUUGUCUGACACUACGAGGUCAACACCAGUCCAUCGUCGUUGCUGCAAGUACCCGCGCUGAAAUGGACAAAUGGACUGAGGACAUUCAGAUGGCAGUAGACCUGGCUGAGAAGAGCAGUGGCCCUGCCCCAGAGUUACUGGCAAGCAGCCCACCUGACAAUAAGUCUCCUGAUGAAACUACUGUAGACCAGGAAUCUGAGGACGACCUCAGUGCAUCCCGCACCUCACUCGAACGUCAGUCACCCCACCGUGGCAACACUACGGUGCACGUCUGCUGGCACAGAAAUACCAGUGUUUCAAUGAUCGACUUUAGUAUUGCUGUGGAGAACCAGCUGUCUGGAAAUCUCCUCCGAAAAUUCAAAAACAGCAACGGGUGGCAGAAGCUUUGGGUGGUGUUCACCAACUUCUGUAUGUUCUUCUAUAAAUCGCACCAGGACAAUCAUCCUUUAGCCAGCCUUCCUUUAUUGGGAUACUCACUUACCAUUCCUUCCGAAUCUGAAAACAUCCACAAAGAUUAUGUCUUCAAACUACAUUUCAAAUCCCACGUGUACUACUUCAGGGCUGAAAGCGAAUACACGUUUGAAAGGUGGAUGGAAGUGAUCCGAAGUGCCACCAGCUCCGCCUCACGCACCCGAGCGCUGAGCCAUAAAGAGCCUCACGCCUAUUGACGGCGCAACGAGCCGCCCCCUUGAUUGUCCAGCAGCUGCUGAUUUUCUAGAGGACAUUGGAAACUCUUUUCUCCCUCCGAGUUUAGUAAAAACGUACAAUUUGGUAAAAGAAAAGAAAAGAAAAAAAAUAAUUAAGGAUGGUUUUGCAAAAACUUUCACAAUUUCUUCAGCAAAACUGUUUAAGUUCUCCAUGCGGUCAGACUAGCUUACCAUCACCCCAGUGGCUGCGGUUCGUUUCAUGUCUUGUAUUUUGUCAUUCUGUGCUGUUUUUAGCUUGUGCCAGUAUUAAAAUAUUGUCCUUUAUUAGAGUGCCAAAUGCCAAAAGACAUUUUGUUGCCUCAAAGAUUGCACCUAUUAAAAAAAAAAAAAAAGAAAAAAAAAAAGAUGACUUCACAAUCUGAAAACUCUCUCUCUCCUCUGAGGCAAACACUAUUUCUUCUCUUUUCAUAAAAAUAUAUUAUUUUUUUUUUACCAUGUUAAUCUGUAGACUGCUGGAUUUUAAAAUGUAGAUGGACUUUCACAGUAUAGAAUAUAAUUAUAUAUACAGCAAGCGGUCUAACAGGAAUGAGAUAACUUUCAGAUUUCAUUUUUUUCCCCCCAGUCUUUCUACAUUUAAUCAGCAAGGAAUUACUAAUUUUCUAUCUUUAACAAGGAACCAGUUUACAGCUCAUUCUCAUUUCCCUUUGGGGUUACAAAUCCAUGUGGUAUCAAUAAAGUAUAGGAUUCUUAUCUAACCAUUUUCUUGGUGCAAGUUGACCAAAUUGUUCAUCUGUUGGCUUUGAAAAGUGAGUACUACUUGCAAGAUGAAAUUUUUUUAAAAUAAUCCAGUGCAAUAUUAUUUGGGCUGUUAAUGUACUGUGAAUGGUUAUGUACAAGAAGAAAUUAAAGGCUGUGGUGACAUUCUGCUGUUUGUUUUACAAACUUGAAAGAAAACCUGUACGUUACGAGAA